UGCAUCAACUGCGCUUCCCUCGGCCGCCUUGCGUUGAGCAACACCAAAUCCUGGGGCUUAUCCGACGAAUUGCACGCCGUCCUGCCUUCCCCGGAUCCCAGCUAACCGGCUACACCCUCGGCUUCAGUUGUAUCUCCGCAUUUUGCGCCCAGCGCCAUCGUCACUCCCUAUCAACAAAGUUAUCUAGAACCGGUGUAGAAGCACACUCAAAAUGAAUACCCUUUGUGCCUCCGCCGUUCGUUCGGCGCGGCCAGCGACUUUUUCUCGAGCUGCGAGGCCCAUCCUCAGUGCUGCGAGCUUUCGAGUUGCUAGACCGGCAGUACCUGUGGCGUUCUUCCACCACACUAGAAUCAACUUGGCGGCGCAAAAGAUCAAGGUCAAGAAUCCCGUCGUCGAGCUCGACGGCGACGAGAUGACCCGCAUCAUCUGGCAGAACAUCAAGGACAAGUUCAUCCACCCAUACCUCGACAUCGACAUCAAAUACUACGAUCUUGGCCUGCCGUACCGAGACGAGACCAGCGAUCAGGUUACACUCGAUGCAGCUGAGGCCAUCAAGAAGUACUCGGUCGGUAUCAAGUGCGCCACUAUCACCCCCGAUGAGGCGCGUGUCGAGGAAUUCAAGCUGAAGCAAAUGUGGCUCUCCCCGAACGGCACCAUCCGAAACGCUCUUGGUGGCACUGUCUUCCGCGAACCUAUUGUCAUUCCGCGCAUUCCCCGUCUGGUACAAGGAUGGCAGAAGCCUAUCAUUAUUGGGCGACAUGCCUUCGGUGACCAGUACCGUGCCAAGGACCUCGUGGUUCCCGGUCCCGGCAAGGUCUCCAUGGUGUACACCCCGGAAGGCGGCAAGCCGCAGGAGAUCGAGGUUUACCAGUUCAAGAACGGCGGCGGCGUCGCGCAGACGCAGUACAACACCGAUGAGAGCAUCACCGGAUUCGCCCAUGCCAGUUUCAAGUUAGCCCUCCAGAAGGAAUUGCCCCUGUACAUGAGCACCAAGAAUACUAUUCUUAAGAAGUAUGAUGGUCGUUUCAAGGACAUCUUCCAGCAGCUGUACGAAUCUACGUACAAGACGCAGUUCGAGGCCAAGAAGAUCUGGUACGAGCACCGCUUGAUCGAUGAUAUGGUUGCCCAGAUGAUUAAGAGCACUGGUGGUUACAUCAUGGCCCUGAAGAACUACGACGGUGACGUUCAAUCGGACAUCGUCGCACAAGGAUUCGGCUCGCUCGGCCUUAUGACCUCGGUCCUUAUCACCCCCGAUGGCAAGACGUUCGAGUCUGAGGCCGCCCACGGCACCGUCACCCGCCACUUCCGUGAGCACCAAAAGGGCCGCGAGACCUCAACUAACCCCAUUGCCUCCAUCUUCGCCUGGACCCGAGGACUGAUUCAGCGCGGCAAGCUUGACGAUACCCCUGAAUUGAUUGCCUUCGCCGAGAGCCUCGAGAAGGCCUGCAUCGAUACCGUUGACGUUGACGGCAUCAUGACCAAGGAUUUGGCGCUGGCGUGUGGCAACACUGCUCGCGAGGACUACGUCACUACCAACGAGUAUCUGAAUGCGGUUGAGAGGCGGAUGAAGAACAUCCUCAAGGAGAAGCUGUAAAGGUCUGAUCUUGGAGAGUGCCGGAGAGAGUCAAAUACAAGCUAGAGUGACAUGAGCUUGAAGAACGUUGGGUUUGUAUGUACGAGUGAACGGUUGGAUAUUUUGACAUUUGGUUCAUCAGUUCGGUUGCAAUGUUGGAUAUCAAAUAGUCGCCCGUUUGCAUAGCCUCGGUGCUUGCAUUUCCUGUCGAUCUCAGGGGCUGUACAUAGAUUGCCUG